GGCGAAGUGGGCGUAGGUAGCAUGACUCCCGCAAUCUCAGGUGUCCGAGAUUGUGGUAGUAGCAAUUCAGCCUCGCAGAAAUCCCACGUGCAACUGACUUCGAUGAAGCAGCAAAACGAGAAUCAGAUGACAGCGCGACAAGGCAGAAGCAGUCUGUAUCGAAAUGAUGGAAUAUCUGGUGGCCGGGGAGGUCAGAGGCCUAGACAAAAUUCAAAGCUUUUUCAACAACCCGGUCUACAAACAUCAAGACCAGGCGCAUUACCUGAUACUACUAAGCAGAUAAAACUCGGCACUCAACCAAUAAACAACAUCAUACUUGAUUUCCAGAAAGCAGAAGUAGACGGCCUAGGCGACAAUUCCAAUAGCCAAACGACCCCGCCAUCAAUGACGGCGAAACAAACAUCAUUUCAACAGGAAGGGAACACGGAUCACAAUUGGUCGGUGCAGUGGCAGAACGAUUCAAGUGAAAACCAGAUUCCCGAGACGUCCCCGCGUGGGGUCCAGGGUACACUGCAAGAACGGUCUCGCCUCCCGCCAGUCCAGCCAGCAGAUGCCAACAACAGUGUCAAGCCAAGAAGCACCGUUUCCCCACUGUCACAGACGAGCAAGCCUACCUUGCCAACUCCAUAG